AAAGCUUGCUCCUCGCCCGGAGACCCCUGCCUUGCGGCUGAGUUGCCCGAGGCUGCACGCACGAACCCGUUUCGCAAAGCCCCCGGCCCCCUCCAUCGCUGCGGCUCCGGCGCGGCAGCGGAGGGCAGCCCACCUAUCGCACACGAUGGGCUGCCUCCAGUCCAACCUGAGCACGGCGCGACUAGAUCCAAGCUUGUGCUCCACGACACCUUUCCAAGAGAAAUACGCGAGGAAAGUCUCGGGCCUGACGGAGGAACGGUUCCUAGGGCAAGGAUCGUUUGGCCGAGUAGUUCUCAUAGAGGACAAACAAUCAAGAGACACGUACGCUCUGAAGAUCAUCGCCAAGCGACGACGCACGGGCGGCGACGAGAAGCUCCUCGAGUCGUUACGGACGGAAAUUACUAUACUAAGAGAGUACGGCCGGCACGAGAACAUCUUGCAGCUGCGGGACGUGUAUGACCGGCCCACGUCCGUGUUACUCGUAGAAGAGUUAGCGACGGGCGGCGACUUAUUAGGAUGGGCGACGCACGCGCCGUCGCGGACGGGGCACCAACACCUGUCGUUCACCGAAGGUCACGCGGCGUCGGCCACGAGGCAGAUUUUGAAGGCAGUAGCUUAUCUCCAUGACCGGAACGUGGUCCACCGCGACAUCAAGCCGGACAACGUGCUCGUGAGGGACCGGCGGAGCUUUGUCAUUAAAGUGGCGGACUUCGGUGCUGGCUCGGCGUCCCGCGGUGCUGCGGCGCCUUCACGCCAUCGACGCGCGUCGUCUCCGGGAGAGCAGGUGGUGGGUGGUCUUAUUUUCGAUUUUGGGGCCGUUCGGACCGAGUCGAGGGACCACGAUGCUCCGCGCAUGACGUGGUCGCCGUGACGGCGUCGACGCGAUGCCGCGCCGCCUCGACGCCGUCUUCGUGGUCGCAUGAGAGUCCACGCGUCUCGCGAGAGAGCCACGGCGGUCUCGUGACGGCGUCGUUCCGCACAGGCUGCAGCAAGAUCCUCGAGAAGGGCCAAGCUACUGCAGUCCAGUCCAAAAAGGGUUAUGAACAAUUGAUGGACUCCUUCGUCGGCACGAAGGUGUAUGCGGCUCCCGAGAUUUUAAGACAUAAGCCCUACGACAGUAGUGUGGACGAGUAUAGCACUGGUGUUUUAGUAGCUCUCCUCUUGACGGGGAAACACCCGCUGUCCGACAUCGAGGUGGACACGAACUUGGCGCUGGCUUCUUGUGACGUUCCGUUUCUCAUUGAUUUUAGCGAUAAGAAAUGGAGUCGCGUGAACAAAGCCGCGAGGGCGAGUGACUCAGAGCAGAAAAUGACCUUGAACUUGAUCUGGUGGAGACGAUGGCGUCUCCACGAAGCCGCACCGCCUCGACGGCGUCGAUGCGGCCGCAUGAGAGUCGACGCGUCUCGUGAGAGAGUUGUCGUGAUGGUGUCGUUCCGCGCAGGACGUGGCACGGGCGUUGGCUAGAUGCGAUCCAGCCAAGAGAAUCCGCGCCAAGGACGCUCUACGCUCAUUCCCGUGGCUGGAUGAAGCGGCUUCUGUGGUAGAAGCGCCGGCGCUACCAGAUGAUGUGCUCGAGCGGCUGCGACGAACGCGCUUGGACGGCGUCCAAGCUUUGGCUCUCAGAUCUGUAGUAUCCACCCCGAAAGUGUCUACGUUCGCGAAGGAGGCCGAUCAGUUGUUUGAGGCGCUGGACGCGGAUUCGACAGGUUUAGUACGGAGAAAUGAAGUACUGCGAUUAGCUCACGGCCGUUUAAGGCGAGUAGACUUAGAAUUGGCGUUCGACCACGCGGACCUGGCCGGCGACGGCGUCGUGACGAAGGACGAGUUCAAGUGUGCUCUGUUAGCUACAAGAGGUGACUUAGUUGCGCAACUUGUCGACGCGGCGUUCGCGGCGCUCGACGUGUCGCAUACCGGUAAGAUAACCGCGUCGGACGUCAUGGCCUGCGCGGCGGGUCUGGGCGUGAAAGUCGACGCAUCAGAUGUCCAAAAGUGGAUCGCGUCCCAUGACGUCGCCGGGGACGGGGAGCUGUCGCGUGACGAGUUCCAAAAGAUGAUGUCCUCCGUGGCCGAUUCCGAGUUCCGCGCCGGGGAGAAGCUCCUGACUAAACUGUGACAAAUACAA